CACCAGUGUUACUGUAUGACGCCAUCAUCUCGGCCAACAAGUUCACCUUCUCAACUGCAGCGUCAUUCGGUAUCCUCGUCUAGUGGGAGAAGCGCCGAUAAUCCAGCCUCAAGUCCGCCUGGAUUUCCUGGCGAGGCCGACGGGCCUAGUCUCAUAUUCCCACCUUAUCUGGCUCUCGGUAUCGGGCGCCCGGUGUCUUUAAGUAAUUUAGCAAUGUAUUUUGAGUCUUUCGGCGAGGCGGAUUUUUUGGACUGCACACGUAUGUUGACGGAAUCGACCGAUUCAUAUGCUAUAAGAUUAAGUUUCUUCGAUCGCCGAGUAACGGAGAGAGUGUUUCAACGCUUCCAAAGUGCCUCAACUGAUGACCCUCGAUGCGGUGCAAUAUCGUGCACGGGGGCAUCCGUGAUUACAAGCGCUGAACCGAGUAGCGGCGUACCUAUGGAAAUCAUCGCCAUAAUUUCAUGUAAACUUGUGCGUUCUCGCCUGCCUACCUUGGGUGGAGAGGCCGCUGAUCCCAGAGUUGUCAAUGUUGAACAACUUUGCUGGUCUUUGCCUGAAGCAGUUGAUUGUUGUUCCGAAUUCGGAGCGUUGGCAUCGGCAAACGGUACAUCCAUAAGCGCUUCAGUCAUGCAAGGCACUGAGCUUUGUCGCGAGGUGGAGUUUUACGACAGUCGGGCGGCUGAGGCGUUCCGCAACGCUAUAAUGGUUCUGGAACGCUCUAGAGAGGGCAGAAGCUCCGUGAAUACUAGUCUAGGGGAAAUCACCGCACCAGGGAGUCCAUCUGCGGCUCAGCCUCCCCCCACUGUUCCACACGAACCUCUGAUUACGCCGCGCACGGAACCAGGCGGUGCCGGCCUGCUAGCUGCGGCCCCGCUGCCAUUGCAACCGCAAGUGACGACUCCUCAGCCGACGCCGUGGGGUGGCCGGUCGGCGACUACUUCCCCGGCGCCAAGAUAUCUGACGAGUCAGGUUGCGAGGUCUUUGGCCCGGUUUUAUCGUGCUGUCGGUGUGAGCGACUACAAAGUAUCUGGUGCCCUACCAUCUUCGUCGUCAUCGUCGUCAUCAUCUGCUGCUGCUGCUGCUGCAAGUCCAAUGCAAUCUCUAGUUGCCCCGUCGCCUCAGACUACAGCAGCAUAUACGACGGCACUUAUUCCGGGUGUGGAAGAAUCUUUGCAGAUCCCGGAGAUCGAGAGCGGGUUUGUGAACCGUACCACUGUGAUGGUGAGGAACAUCCCGCCCGCGUACACUAGUUCAAGACUUUUACAGGAAAUCCUUGAAACCAUGUUGGAACUGGCAGGCGAGGAAGAGCUAGCGACUGUUAACGCCGCUGUUGGAGCCCCGUUUGGUAUCGAUUUCGUAUACUUGCCAUUCAACCUCAAGAACAGAGCAGGAGUGAGCUAUGGCUUCGUUAACCUUACUACUCCUGAGGCGCUGUUGACUUUCUAUGAUCGCUUCGACCAACACGAAUGGAGAUCAGGAACUAGCAGAACUCACAAUGGGGGCGAGCGGAAGCCCUGCGAGAUGUCAGCCGCUCGUUUGCAGGGUCAACACGCGCUG